GGCGAGGAAGCUAAUGCUCAAGCUAAUGUGGAUGAUACUGUCGACAUUGACAAGUAUAUUGAAAAAAUGAGAAAGUAGAUGAGAAAAGUAUUGAAUGGUGUCGACAAUAAUGAGGAUACUAACAAGGUUGAUAAACAAAAUGACGAAGAUGUGAUAUGUAUCGAUUCAGAUGAGAGCAACGAUGAGCAAGUUGAGGGCAAUUGCAAGGAUUCGAAUGAAAAUGAAUGGCCAGUAGAAGCUCUUGAUGAGUACAUCGAAAUUCUGUUGAAUAAAGAGCCAAUAACGCACCCAGCUAAUCAUCUGAUUAAGAAGGAAGAGAUUCCAGAAGCUCACAUGCAUGUAACAAAAAACAGGAUGCAGGAAAUACCGAUGAAGAAGAUUGAAGUCCAGCAGCAUAUCAAUAAGAGAUUACAUGAACAUCCGAUUAAAAGAGACAUUGACAAGGAAGACAUAUUGCCCUUGAAGAAAGUUAAGACAGAAAGUGGAGAAGAACAGAGAAAAAAUUUUGAUUUUCCAAAAAAACCUACAUUUCAAAAGGAUACUGCUGAAAGUUCUAUUGAACAAAUUAUCAAAAGUAUAUCUGACAAGUUUCAUGAUCGGAAGAAAAAUGAUAGUUUGUGUGCAAAGGCAAGAGUUAUUUGUACGCAUUUGCUAACUGUGAAAGAACAAUAUAGAAAUAAGUGUUUCUUUGAAAUAUCCAUUCAUUUAGAUCAAUAUAAAAAAUAA